AUGGGAGAAACGUGCUUGCACCUCAACCUGAGGACUCAGACGGACUGGAAAUCAUCACCUUCCUUCCUCAUUCAAGACAUCCCUCCACACACACAGGCUGUGCUGGCUCAGAGAAAGAGUGGGUCAUCAACAUUAUCAGGCAGCUGGUGCCCCCACCUCUCCUUAUCCACGCUCAGACUCUGCUUUGUCUUUCUACUGAGAGUUGACAACAUUAAAUAUCCACAAAGUGCUCUGCAUCCCAGUGAGGCCAACUCCUGCUCUGUGUGGUGGCUGUGUGAGCAGGCAGCUCAGCGUUACUACCAGAAAUGUGGCCUCCUGCCUCGUCUCUCUCUGCAGAAAGAAGGCGCCCUGCUCUCCCCGCAGGACCAGCUGCUGGCCGUCCUGCACACAAAUGAAGAGGUUCUGGCUGAAGUUUGCUCGUGGGAUCUCCCUCCUCUCCCUGAGCGAUACAAGAAGGCCUGUCAAAGUCUGGCAGUGGAUGAGAACAAGCGUGUCUCCCGGCUAUGUGAGGUUCAGGACCGGGGUUCCUCCGUGUCAGUGUGUGGCCUGGGUUUGGCCGCCUCUUCCCUCGGCCCGCUCCUCCGUGCCCUAAAACUUCAGGCCAGCCUCACCGAGCUGCAAAUUUCUGGCAACCGUAUGUCUGACGACCUUCUCCCUGAGCUGAUUGCCACAACGCUCACCAUGCCUCGUCUGCAGCUGCUGGACAUUUCCGCCAACUGCAUUACAGGGGACGGGCUGGAGAAGGCUGUAAAUGCUUUAAAGGGACAGAGUGCACCUGCAUUCCCGUGCCUGGAGGAGCUGGACCUCAGUAUGAACCCAGUGGGGGACGGCGUGUCUGAGUCUCUGUCCUGUCUGCUGUCCUGCUGCCCUGUGCUAGCCAAGCUGUCUCUGCAGGCCUGCGGCCUCACUGCUCGUUUCCUUCAGCAGCAUCGACUGCUGCUAGCCAGCGCGCUCACAGGCACAGGCCAUUUGAAAGCAGUGUGCCUUUCCCACAAUCCCCUGGGCUCCACCGGCUUUGAGCUGGUGUUAAAGACUCUGCCCCUCCACUGUCUCACACACGUGGACCUGUCGGCUGUCUGCAGAGGGCCUGCUGAUUACCCGGCACUGGAACACCUCGCCAAAGUCCUGUCACAGGACGAGUGCUCUCUGAGCCACCUGAGCCUGGCUGCAAAUGGGCUGACAGACAGCAGUGUAACUACCUUGGCGAGGUGCCUCUCGUCGUGUCCCACACUGGUGAGUCUGAAUCUGUCAGGAAAUCCGUCUGUUACAUCAGCGGGACUUCACAACAUCCUGGCGUCUGUCAGAGAGGCCCGUCGACCACUGACACUUCUAAACCUUGAAGGUUGUCAGGUCUCUGGCCCCUGGGAGAGUGAAGACCCUGACAGUUUGUCAGAGCUGGUCCAGGAUAUCCGUCUUUGCUCUCAGGCCCUCAACAAGCUGGACCGACAGACCUUGAAGCAGAGCUGGGACAGGACUCAGUCACACGGACGCUUUCUCGACCGAAACUCCAAGUGCCUCCUCUCUGCCACCUCCACUUGAGGGUGGCAGGUGUGACGAUGUUGACAGAACUUUGCUUCUGAUGUCUACUCUUUAUCACUGACGGUGGAUUUUGAGCAAGUGGUCAUUUCUAUAAACAUUUUGUUUAAUGAG